AUGGCUCAGUUCGGCAAGGUGAAGAUUGCCCUCCAAGAAGCUCAUGACAACGAGAAGCAGAAGGGGCACCAACAAUUUUCGUACAAAGAAGUGUUGAAGCAGACUGGCGAGAAGCUGCGCAAGUGCAGAAUCGACUGCGAGGAGUCGAAAAAGUUUGAGCAGAGCCAGCACGACGGGCAGCUGACGCAUAGACUUUGUGUCACCUGGCGGGUUGGCACAGAAUCCUUUCGCCAACAUGGCGACGCCCGUUCGAACAAAAAGGAUGCAGAGAGAAGCGCAUGGGAGAUGCUCUACCGGCAGGUAGCCAGAGCCGUGGAGGAGGCCGAACAACAUCAGGUCCCCGUCGUGGUGGAGCUGAAUCGCGUGCUUCCUUCGGCGAGGUUUGGGGCUGCCCACGUGUGGUCCAUGCAGCGAUUCAUGCAGUGCACGGACAUCUUUUCUUCUUGUGCGUCCGGCGCAGGAGAUGCACAAAGCAACGAGGAUAUCGUCGCCACAGGAAACACACAAAGCAGCGGCAGCGGUGAAGAGACUCCCAGAUCUGCGACUGGGUCUGCGGCCACAAGCGGGUCACUGUUGGCAGAAUUGCUGGCUGCCUCCAAGUCUGUUGAAGACAAAGAGCCACAAGGGGGUGCAAUGGUGUCUUCUGGCGGUACAUUCGUCAAAUACACGCCCGAAGACGAAUCGAUCUAUGACUGGAAGCCGCGAGCGUGA